UCCGCUACGACGUAGGCGUGUCUACGGCGCCGUGGCCGCUACGAUCACAAGUUUCGCGGUGGUUCAUACCGGACUUUAUUCAAGUGGUAUUGAAUAUUACAUUUUUGUGUUGGACUCUGAUUUUUUUUUUCAUUGGAUGCACGUAAAUUGAAAGAACUCAUGGUCACCUGAGAACACGGAGGUUCGAGCUCACUCAAUAGCUGCAAUAUUUACGAUGCCCGAGAACUUUCCAAUAUUGAGAAAGUGGUAUUAAAAAUGGAGAAGGAUCGGAGGGGGCGAAGGCGCCACGAGACGGUGAUGACGUGACGUGUGAGCGCGGCUUAAUACACACGCAACGGUAUCAUGGCUUCCAUUUUUGCUGCGGUCUUUCUAUGGCUUGGUGGAAGUGUGCUAUGCCUCCGCGACAUUCACCUGAGCGUGCCAGAAGCCAUCGGUAUUGGCGCCGGCACCACGCUAGGCUGCCGUUGGACGCUGGAUCCUGGCGAGCAGCUGUAUACGGUCAAGUGGUACCACGGGGCCCAAGAAUUCUUCCGCUUUGUACCCAAGGAGCUGCCAAAUACGAGGGUUUUCUCACAGACUGGGAUCAGCGUUGAUGUAUACCACUCGGGUGCUCAUCAAGUGGUGCUACGCGACGCCACGCGCGCGCUCAGCGGGCGGUACCGCUGCGAAGUCUCCGCCGAUGCGCCAUACUUCCAUACCGUCUACAAGAGCUCCUACAUGCGGGUAGUAGAGCUGCCCCCGUCCGGGCCGCGGGUCCGAGCGCAGAAGAGCUGGUACUCAGCGGGCGACAUGCUGCGAGCCAACUGUUCGGCGCCGCCCGCAGACCCGCCCGCUAAUAUUACGUGGCUCCUUAAUGGUGUAGAGGUAAAAGGCCUCGAUAUUCCGCCGCACGACCCAUACUCGUUGCGGAGGAACCCUGUGAUAACCGACGCGUCGCUCGAAGAUGCUAACAGAAUCAUAUUCAGCCCGUGGGACGCAAUCUCCGGCUACGAAGAAGCGGUCACCGAUAACGUGAUAGACAUCCCAGGAAACAUCGACAUGAUCGGCCCCACUGAUAACCGAAAAGCAGAGACCACGCGCCAACCUCGGACUGAACAAAUAACCAACAAAUUGAACAGCACCGUGGAAGAGGAGAAAUCUAAUAAGUCGAGUUCGUUCAGCCAACUCGUUAUGAGAGUACAGUCUGCACAUUUUCAUAAGGGUCGGCUGAACGUGACGUGUGUGGCGCGUGUGCUGUCUGUAUGGGCGACGAGCGACGCACUACUACUGGAUGAGGAGAGACCACAGAGACUCCAACUCAGGUAA